AUGUUUUCUGGAUUUGGAUUUGGAGGAUCCUUCGGGGGCUCGCCAAUGCCUUCAACUUUCGAAGAUUACUUCCGCUGCUACCCAGUAGCCAUGAUGCCAGAUAGUACUAGAAAAGACGAUUCAAACUAUGGAGGGAAAAUCUUCCUUCCACCAUCUGCACUUAAUAAACUUACUAUGCUUCACAUAAGGUACCCAAUGCUUUUCGAAUUAGUGAAUGAGUCUAAUUCGAAAACAACACACAGUGGUGUCUUGGAGUUUGUAGCCGAAGAGGGGAGAGCGUAUUUGCCACAGUGGAUGAUGACUACACUAGAGUUAUCAGUUGGGCUGCUUUUGAAGAUUUCAUCUUGUGACAUUCCAUUGGGUAACUUUGUCAAAAUAGAACCACAGUCGGUCGAUUUCUUGGAUAUAUCAGAUCCAAAAGCUGUUUUGGAAAAUGUAUUGAGGAAGUUCUCCACGUUAACUGUUAAUGAUAUAAUUGAAGUGAACUACAAUGAUUCGAUCUAUGGGAUCAAAGUGCUUGAAGUGAAGCCUGAGUCAAACAACAAGGGUAUUUGUGUGGUGGAAACGGAUUUAGAGACGGAUUUUGCACCACCAGUGGGGUAUGUAGAACCAGAAUAUAAGCCCAAGGUAGUCGCUCCAAGUUCAACCAACGCCAUUACUCCAUCUAGUGUCAACCGAGGUAUAGGUGCAGGUACCAUGGCAAAAUCCAUAGACUAUGCCAAACUUGUCGCGGAAAGUAACACUGUAAAUACAUUUAAGGGAGAUGGGAAUAGGUUAACUAAUAAGAAGAAGGCCAGUGAGGUCGCGGAUAGCACAAAGAAAAGUUUCAACAUUGAUGAUUUGGACCCAGAUGCGCCUCCAGUGCCUUUAAAGUUACCUGAAAACCAACUUUUCUUUGGAUUCCCAGUGAUAUUGCCCACCCCUGAGGAAACAGACGAAGAGGAGAAGGAUACCACUAAUAGCGAAAGUAAUGCCAAUGCAUUUAGCGGAAGCGGCCAGUCUCUCAGACAGAGUAAGAAGAGAAAAGAUAAGAACACAGCACAUACUCCAUUGAAAAAUCACUCUAGAAGUCCAGAUGAUUACAUAGAGAUAGAUUAG